AUUACUGUCACUUGAGGUGAAUGCUUGUUGGAUGAUUUGCAAUCGAUUAAUCCGAUUUUUGUGCAAAAAAUUGCAUCAGCUACUGUAAAAACUAAAUUAAAAGCAAGAACAUUGCUGAAGCUAGAAAUUUCUUAUCAACGACACCUGUGCAGAAGCUAAAGGAAGGAAAUGGCGGAGGAACAAAUUAAUAACCUAGCCAUCAAUGAUGAUGAUGAUAUUGUAGACCCAUGGAAUGUUGCGGGGAAGUCAGAGACAGGCAUUGAUUAUGACAAGUUAAUAAAAAGAUUUGGGAGUCAAAAGAUAGACAAGGAGUUGGUUGAGCGUUUUGAAAAAGUUACAGGAAAGAAAGCCCACCAUUUCCUCAGGCGAGGCAUAUUCUUCUCUCACCGAGACUUCCACACAAUCCUGAACCUGUACGAGUCGGGCAAGAAGUUCUACUUGUACACUGGCAGAGGCCCUUCAUCAGAGAGCAUGCACAUCGGGCACAUGAUCCCGUUCAUGUUUACAAAAUGGCUGCAAGAAGUUUUCGAAGUACCACUCAUCAUACAACUCACGGAUGAUGAGAAGGCGAUGUGGAAAGACAUCAAGAUAGAAGACGCCCGCCAGAUGGCGUAUAACAACGCGAAAGACAUCAUUGCAGUUGGAUUUGACCUGAAAAACACAUUUAUUUUUAACGAUCUAGACUUUAUUGGUAAAUGUCCAGCGUUCUAUCAGAACAUGGUCCGCAUUCAGAAGUGCGUGACCUUCAACCAGGCGAAGGGUAUCUUCGGGUUUGGGGAGAGUGACGUCAUUGGCAAGAUCACCUUCCCGUCAAUAGAGGCUGCGCCUGCGUUCUCCACUACCUUCCCCUUUAUAUUUGGGAAUAAAGUGUUCCCCUGCCUCAUCCCAUGCGCCAUCGACCAAGACCCGUACUUCCGAAUGACGCGCGAUGUCGCGCCGCGUCUCAAGCUUCCUAAACCGGCGCUACUACACUCCACCUUCCUGCCGGCGCUACAAGGCGCACAGCACAAGAUGUCGGCAAGCGACCCCAACGCGUCGAUAUUCUUGAACGACACGCCCAAACAGAUUAAGAAUAAGAUCAACAAAUACGCGUUCUCCGGCGGGCAGGCCACGGUAGAGGAACAUCGACAGAAGGGUGGCAACACUAGCAUCGACAUCUCCUUCAAAUACCUUACCUUCUUCAUGGAAGACGACGAGCGGUUGGCUGAGAUAAAGAAGGCCUACGAAAGCGGCGAGAUGUUAACCGGGGAAUUAAAGAAGAUAGCAAUAGACACCAUCUCACCCUACGUCGAAGAGUACCAGGCGAGGCGCGCGCUAGUAACAGACGAGGUCAUGCAGCGGUACUUCGAGAUUCGGCAAAUUGAGCUUUAAGCAUAUGCGGUUAGAGUGUACUUUAAUUUGGUUUGUUGACCUUCAAAAGGAUAUGUAAGGCUGUGGUCUCCUAUAGACGCUAUAAGCUGCGUCACAAUGCUUACUGUAGAAAUGUUCUGUGAUCUUUUUCAAACGUAGACGUCGGCGUAUGGACGUCGAUAGGAACGUUUGACGUUGACUUACGCCGUGUAUAGCGUUUAAUAGGAGACCGUA